UGAUACAUGUUUCGCUUCUAACUUCGGUGUUUGACGACACUUUACCGGAAAUACAAAGAUUGUGCGACUUUACUUGGAUUUUAAGGCAGUUUUUAAUAUUUGUUUUACGUCUUUGUUUCAGUAUUAAUGCUAUAAGACACUUUAAUCAAUUACGUGUUUUGGUAAAAAGUAAAGUAAAGAAAGCCAAAGUUUGUUUAGCCAUAAAACUUAGCUUCUAGCUUUCCUCUUGAGACUAUCAGUGUUUUGAGUGUUACGGUGUCUUGUUAUUGGCAGCGGUGAUGGCUACCGCGCCUGAGCUAUCGCUUCAUAUGAGAUCAACAGACCUCAUCAAAAGGGAACCUCUGGAUUAUGGAGGAUUUGGAGAGGUCUAUUUGUGUUACCAUGCUACCCUGGGCCAAGUGGUGUUGAAGACCGUGUAUACAGGUUCACUUCGCAACGAAGAAAACAAAAAGUCGCUGCUGGAGGAGGGAAGUAUCAUGGCAAGCCUCAACCACAACCGCGUGGUCAAGUUGCUUGGUGUGAUCAUGGAGGACAGAGAUUGCUCUCUUAUUAUAGAGCUUCUACCCAGAGGCAACCUGCUGGUCAUGCUGGAGAAGGUCACUGUGCCAAUCUCCAUUAAGGGAAGAAUCAUCUUAGAGAUCCUGGAGGGGAUGGUGUAUCUGACAGAGCAGGAUGUCAUUCACAAGGACAUAAAGCCAGAAAAUAUUCUGGUGGAUAAGGAUUUUCACAUCAAAAUUGCUGACCUUGGCCUGGCCACCUGCCAGGCAUGGAACAAGCUCACAAGAAAGGAGUCUCGCAGGAAAAGCCUCAGGGGGGUGACAGCUGGGGAGAGAGGUGCUGGCACAUUAAGCUACAUGGCCCCAGAGCACCUGGAAAGCAUUAAUACACCUUCUUCUGUGAAGUCUGAUGUGUACAGCUUCGCCAUUGUGGUUUGGGUCAUUCUGACCGGGAAAGAACCAUAUGAAAAUGCAAGGAGUGACGACCAUAUUAGCCAGUGUGUUCGCCAUGGUAACCGACCUGCAAUGGAGCCCAUCCCAGAAGACACGCCUGGAGAGAUAAUUGAUCUUAUGAAGAGAUGCUGGGCUCAGGAUCCCAUAGAAAGACCAACAUUUAAAGAGGCCUAUGACAGCUUCCUUCCUUUCUACAAGGAAAAGCUUGAACCACUUGUAGAGAAAGAUGUAUGCCUUUUGCAGGAACAAUAUGAAGGUCCAGAUGAGCUUGUUGAGAAGAUAAAAUCAUUAUCAAUGACACAUGACAGUUUUUCUUCUACAGAUCAAGAUGGUCCAGCUCCUUUGAGUUCACACAGAGAUUUGUCAAUGCCAGUUGAAGCCAGCAUUGAGGACCUACGUAACAUCAGUGAUCAACCAUCUGGAGAUCCUCUUGAGACAGAUGCAAGGAUACUGAGGAUGCCCUCAGAGCUGGAGGAGAAACUAGACCGGGAGUUUAACUACCACAAACAUGGCAGUUACGCUUGUAAUAACCAACCCGAAUCUGCCCAGGGCCUUCAGAAAAAUCCCUCAAAUCCUUUCUUUCAAAACCCUUUCAACUUUUCUGACAAUGGCUUUAGGCUUCCAGCUCAAGAAAAUUCCUCUGUCCAUUCUUGGACAAAACCAGAACAGGAACAGCCCACCAGCCAGACAGAGGCUUAUGGUCGGCCCACAUCCGAUCUCUAUGAGUCCAUAAACUCCUGCUCGUCUAAUCAGUUGCAUUUGCACCCGUCUUUCAGCACUCCUUCUCUGUCGCAGUUUAACCAGCAACCACCACAUUUCCUGGACCGCCAGCAGUCCUGGCCAAUCUACCCAGUGUCCGAAACCCUCGACCCCAACCGAAAUGCUGGCCAUCAUUUGACCUCUUCAAAGAGCGGAUCUCUACAGGACGCAGGACCUCUCUACAUUCAGAAUGCCAGUGGGAUCCAGAUAGGAAAUAACAACACAAUGAGCAUUAGAGGUAGUGAGUUACCUCAGGGUUUGUUUGAUGGCAACACUGCCUCUCCAAUCCAAGAAGGCAUCUCUAAAUAUGCGGACCAUGUGGUAAAAGAGUCACAGCUGGACAUGCUGAGGGAGAACAUGGGGAAGAAAUGGAAACGCUGUGCGCGACGCCUGGGCCUGACAGAGGUGGAAAUAGAAACCAUAGACCACGACUACUACCGCGACGGCUUACCAGAGAUGGUGCACCAGAUGUUGGAAUACUGGAAAAGAAAGCAGGGAUCUUUGAACUGUACAAUUGGGAGGCUUUGCCAAGCUCUUCAAGGAAAUAUAAAAGUAGAUGUCAUUCAGAAAAUACUGGACUUGUGCGAUUCUUCUGAGUAGUUUUCGCUCUUUUCGUUUAACAGUGGUCAUAUUUUCUGAACUAUUUUUAAGCCGCUGAGGCCAACUUACUUUUGGUUUCAUGGGAAACGGUUUAACAAUAUUGUACCAGUAAGUGUAUUGGUGUGGCUUUAAAAUCUGAAAUAUUACCUACUUUUUAGUAGUUAUUAUGAUGAGCAAUUUUGGGAAGUAUGGACCUUUUUGGAGGAUGCUCUUUAGUAAAAAAAAAGUUCACAUUGACUGAUUAUGAAUGUAACUCGUUCAAAAAGACAUGUUAAAUUUCUGCUGGACCAGUUUUGAUAAAGACAAUAUGCAAACUUUUUUUUAAUAUUACUUCAAUAUUACCUUUGUAGCUCAUUUUACAUAUGUGUGGUCUGAGCCAAACUGACGUUCUUAAUAGGGGUUUUCUGGUGUUUGUGUUUUGUUUGUUUUGUUUUUUUGUUACGAGGUGGAAUAAUGAUAAAAAGCCAUCAUGUUUGAGCAACAUGUUUAAAUUGAACCUUCAAGAUAGGUUGAGUCAAAAAUACCACGUAUAGUAGAAAAUGGUAUGUUGAACAUACAAAAGCAUAAAUGGUGCAAUAUUUCUACAAUAAUAUUUAGUAAAUUUAAGGCUUGUUGCACAUUUUGAGCUUCAAGAAUGUAAACCCAGUGACAGUGAAAAGUAAGCAUAAUUACUUCUGACCUUUCUGUUUGAUGACUCAUUGCACAAAUUACUGUAAUUUUCACAAUAUUUUCAUUCUGAUGAGCUGUUUCUUGGAACUAUUGUAGAUGACGGUCUUUUCCUCAUGUUUUGCGAUGUGUUCAGGUCUUUGUUGAAUUGGCUUUCUGGACUUCUGCUUCAUUAAGAUUAAGGUUGCAUAUAUUUGCACAAUCAGUGGCACAUUUCUACAAAUUCAAAGCCCUUGUCGGUAGUGUUCUGCUGAAAGGAUAUUACAAUAAACAUUGUCCAUAUGUGUCUGUA